AUGGAGGAGCACGAAAAUGGCGCGAAUCCAAUCGAAGACGAACCCAUAGUUGGACCCGGUCCAGCUCCUCGUGCUCGACUCAAACGACCUCUCCAGUUCGAGCAAGCUUAUCUCGAUGCUUUACCUUCCGCUAAUAUGUAUGAGAAAAGCUAUAUGCAUCGUGAUGUGGUUACACAUGUUGCUGUUUCGGCUGCUGAGUUUUUCAUUACUGGAAGUGCUGAUGGGCAUUUGAAGUUUUGGAAGAAAAGGCCUAUUGGUAUUGAGUUUGCAAAACACUUCAGAUCUCAUCUUGGUCCUAUCGAAGGUCUAGCUGUUAGUAUUGAUGGUCUGCUUUGCUGUACAAUAUCAAAUGACCGUUCUGUAAAAGUAUACGAUGUAGUCAACUUUGAUAUGAUGGUGAUGAUUCGGUUGCCAUACAUUCCUGGCGCCAUUGAAUGGGUUUAUAAUCAAGGGGAUGUCAAAGCUAGUCUUGCCAUCAGUGACAGGAACUCAUCUUUUGUUCACAUAUAUGAUGCACGGUCUGGUUCAAAUGAUCCCAUCAUCUCCAAAGAGAUUCAUUCAGGCCCUAUUAAAGUUAUGAAGUUCAAUCCUGUGUAUGAUACUGUAAUAUCGGCAGAUACAAAGGGUUUUAUUGAAUACUGGAACCCUACAACACUCCAGUUCCCAGAGGAUGAGGUGAGUUUUAAGGUUAGAAGUGAUACUAACCUCUUCGAAAUAGUAAAAUGCAAGACUUCUCUUUCGUCUAUUGAGGUCAGCCCAGAUGGUAAACAGUUUUCCAUUACAUCACCUGAUCGUAGGAUACGUGUGUUUUGGUUCAGAACGGGUAAACUAAGGCGUGUUUAUGAUGAGUCACUGGAGGUUGCUCAAGAUCUCCAAAGAAGUGAUAAUCCAUUGUAUCGAUUGGAAGCCAUUGAUUUUGGUCGAAGAAUGGCUGUUGAGAGAGAAAUUGAGAAGACAGAAAGUGCACCACAACCAAAUGCAGUUUUUGAUGAUAGUUCCAACUUUCUUAUAUAUGCAACCUUGCUUGGGAUUAAAAUUGUUAAUUUACACACCAAUACAGUUGCUCGAAUACUUGGAAAGGUGGAGAAUAAUGAUAGAUUCUUAAGCAUAGCUUUAUAUCAUGGGGAACGAAGUGGCAAAAAAGUGAGAAAGAUUCCUUCAGCAGCUGCAAAUGCUAAUGAGAGCAAGGAGCCUUUGACAGAUCCGACUCUCCUAUGUUGUGCUUUCAAAAAGCAUAGGAUUUAUUUAUUUAGUCGAAGAGAACCUGAGGAGCCCGAAGAUGCAACUAAGGGAAGAGAUGUGUUCAAUGAAAAGCCUCCUGCUGAUGAACUUUUGGCAGUUUCAGAUAUUGGAAAGGCACUAACAACAUCACUUCCUGACAAUGUGAUUAUGCACACCACUAUGGGUGAUAUUCACAUGAAGUUGUACCCUGAGGAAUGUCCAAAAUCUGUGGAAAACUUUACCACUCACUGCAAAAAUGGUUAUUAUGACAAUCUUAUUUUUCACAGGGUCAUCAAAGGCUUCAUGAUACAAACAGGAGAUCCUUUAGGAGACGGCACUGGUGGGCAGUCCAUUUGGGGUAGAGAAUUUGAAGAUGAAUUUCACAAAAGUUUAAGGCAUGAUAGGCCUUUCACAUUGUCAAUGGCAAAUGCGGGCCCAAAUACCAACGGUUCUCAGUUUUUUAUCACCACAGUGGCCACUCCAUGGCUGGACAACAAACACACUGUAUUUGGUAGAGUUGUGAAAGGAAUGGAUGUUGUCCAGGCUAUAGAAAAAGUGAAGACGGACAAGGGAGAAAAGCCAUAUCAAGAUGUUAAAAUUUUAAAUGUCACUGUACCAAAGUCUUGA